GCGUAUAAAAGCCUCGGGCCGCCCGCCCCAGCCUCACACAACAACUCUUCCCCGCUGAGAGGAGGCAGCCAGUGCAACUCCAACCGCAGGCGACCGACCGCCUCCAGCCCGACGGCAGCCGCCCCGGCCGACAGCCCCCGAGACCACAGCCCGACACGUCCAGGCACCCACCUCCGGCCACAGCCUGCGUCCCGGCUCCGGCCCAGCGCACCGCGCCCACUUCGCCGCCGCGCACUCCGCCCCGCCGCCCGCUCCGUCCACAGCACCCAGACCAUGGCCGCCGCCGUGGGCCCUCUCCGCUUCGCCUUCGUGCUCCUCCUCGCCCUCUGCAGCCGGCCGGCCGCCGGCCAGGACUGCGGCGGACAGUGCCAGUGCGCGGCCGCGCCGGCGCCGCGCUGCCCGGCGGGCGUGAGCCUCGUGCUGGACGGCUGCGGCUGCUGCCGCGUCUGCGCCAAGCAACUGGGCGAGCUGUGCACGGAGCGCGACCCCUGCGACCCGCACAAGGGACUCUUCUGUGACUUUGGCUCGCCGGCCAACCGCAAGAUCGGCGUGUGCACCGCCAAAGAUGGAGCUCCCUGCGUCUUCGGUGGCACGGUGUACCGGAGCGGAGAGUCCUUCCAGAGCAGCUGCAAAUACCAGUGCACUUGCCUGGAUGGCGCGGUGGGCUGUGUGCCCCUGUGCAGCAUGGACGUCCGCCUGCCCAGCCCGGACUGCCCCUUCCCGAGGAGGGUCAAGCUGCCCGGGAAAUGCUGCGAGGAGUGGGUGUGUGACGAGCCCAAGGACCACACCGUGGUUGGCCCUGCCCUGGCCGCCUACCGACUGGAAGACACAUUUGGCCCAGACCCAACCAUGAUGCGAGCCAACUGCCUGGUCCAGACCACAGAGUGGAGCGCCUGUUCCAAGACCUGCGGGAUGGGCAUCUCCACCCGGGUUACCAAUGACAACGCCUUCUGUCGGCUGGAGAAACAGAGCCGCCUCUGCAUGGUCAGGCCUUGCGAAGCUGACCUGGAAGAGAACAUUAAGAAGGGCAAGAAGUGCAUCCGUACCCCCAAAAUCUCCAAGCCGGUCAAGUUUGAGCUCUCUGGCUGCACCAGCGUGAAGACGUACCGGGCUAAGUUCUGCGGAGUAUGCACCGAUGGCCGAUGCUGCACCCCACACCGAACCACCACCCUGCCGGUGGAGUUCAAGUGUCCUGACGGCGAGCUCAUGAAGAAGAGCAUGAUGUUCAUCAAGACCUGUGCCUGCCAUUACAACUGUCCUGGGGACAAUGACAUCUUUGAGUCACUGUACUACAGGAAGAUGUAUGGAGACAUGGCAUAAAGCCAGAGAGUGAGAGACAUGAACUCAUUCAUCAGGCUGUAACUUGAACUGACUCACAUCUCAUUUUUAUGUAAAAAAUGAUUUCAGUAGCACAAGCUAUUUAAAUACGUUUUUCUAACUGGGGGAGAAACAAUUCCUACCAAAUUCAAAACAUUGUGCCAUGUCAGACAAAUACUCUUAUCAACCCCAGACACUGGUUUGAAGAAAGCUUAGACUUGACAGUGAGACUAAAUUAGCGCACAGCGCCAGAAUGUGUACAAAGGUGUGGCUUUAGGAGCACAGAGAGGCACCAAUAGAACAGCUAGGACGAUCAGAUGGCCUCUGAAAGUAGUAAUAUACCAGCUAUUUGGAGUGUGAUUAUAGAUGGAAAUAUUUAGCAUGCUCGCUGACCUGCCUUUAGCUCCAGCGACAGCUAGGAUGUGCGUUCUGCAGCCAUUAUGAGACUGAGUCAAGUUGUUCUUUAAGUUGGAACAGCAGAUUCAGCUCUGACAUUCUGAUUCAAAUGAGUGUUCAGGAAUCAGAAUCCUGUCUAUUAGACUGGACAGCUUGUGGCAACUUAAUUUGCCUGUAACAAGCCAGAAUUUUUUAUUGAUAUUGUAAAUAUUGUGUGUGCGUGUGUGUAUAUAUAUAUAUAUAUUUGUACAGUUAUCUAAGUUAAUUUAAAAUUGUUUGUGCCUUUUUGUUUUGUUUUUAAUGCUUUGAUAUUUCAAAUGUUAGCCUCAAUUUCUGAACACCAUAAGUAGAACGUAAAGCUUGUCUGAUAACUCAAAGCAUGAAAUGGAUACUCGUGGAAAUUCUGUUCAGAGUAACAGUCCAUCCAAACAGACAAUUUGCUGAAGGUGAGGCAGUGAUGUCCUUGGAAGUCUGAUUUCUAUGUAGGAAAUGUGGUAGCCUCACUUCAUGCACAAAUGGCCUUUAUUUAAAAAUGAGUGGCUCUAUGUUGUAGCUGAUCAGUCUUUCCACCUGGAAGCAUUUGUUUCUACUUUGACUAUGACUGUUUCUGGACAGUUUAUUUGUUGGAGAGUGUGACCAAAAGUUACAUGUUUGCACCUUUUUAGUUGAAAAUAAAGUAUAUAUUUUUUCUA